GCGGGCUUAAGCCUCGUGGCACAAGUCAGGGGGGCGGGACUGUUGUAGGUCCGACAGGAAAACUGAAGAAAGGCGAGGAACCUCGAAUAAAAAACGGUAAAAUAACGUAUCCGGGACUCGGAUUACUCGGAAUAAAACAAGGAUGGCUGCAAUCAGAAAGAAACUGGUGAUAGUCGGCGAUGGCGCCUGUGGCAAGACCUGUCUCCUCAUAGUGUUCAGCAAAGACCAGUUCCCUGAGGUGUAUGUGCCCACUGUGUUUGAGAACUAUGUGGCAGAUAUCGAGGUGGAUGGUAAACAGGUGGAGCUGGCCCUGUGGGACACCGCGGGUCAGGAGGACUACGACCGCCUGAGGCCUCUCUCCUACCCAGACACAGACGUCAUCCUCAUGUGUUUCUCUGUCGACAGCCCUGACAGUUUGGAGAACAUUCCAGAGAAGUGGACUCCCGAGGUCAAGCACUUCUGUCCCAACGUGCCCAUUAUUCUCGUGGGGAACAAGAAAGACCUGAGGAACGACGAGCACACGCGUCGAGAGCUGGCCAAGAUGAAGCAGGAGCCGGUGAAGCUGGACGAGGCGAGGGACAUGGCCAACCGCAUCAACGCCUUCGGCUACCUGGAGUGCUCGGCCAAGACCAAGGACGGCGUGCGGGAGGUGUUCGAGAUGGCCACCAGGGCGGCGCUGCAGGCCAAGAGGCGGGGCAAGAAGGGCGGCUGCCUCCUGCUAUAGAGCGACAGCUCACUGGGGUUUGGGAGGGGGGCAAACAACAACCAGGCCAAGGAAACUACCCCUCCUCUAGGCCUGGUCCAUCACCAAAGUGGGCUCAACUGUAUGGGUACAGGGAGGAGGGAGAAGAGUCAAAUGCAGGCUAAAGGGGGUAAAAGGAGUCAAAUGCAGGCUAAAGGGGGUAAAAGGAGUCAAAUGCAAUGAGAAAAGGGAGUUUAGACCUUUUAACCCUUGUGUUGUCUUUGGGUCAAAUUGACCCGUUUCCAAAGUGUUUUAUACCAGAAAUAUGGAUUUCUUUCAACCGAAUUGCCCAAAACUAACAUGGAUGAUUCCAUACAACAUUACUUUCAUUGAAUUUUUUGGGGGUUUUUAUGUAGUCUUUUAGCAUUUGAAUUAUUUUGUUUAAUGGUUUCAAAACUUUCAAAAUGGGACUAAACUUUGACGUCGACCCGUCUGAGAUCACCUCAACAUCCUCUGAUCGUAACUAUUAGUCAAAAUAAUUCAUAAUUUUAACUAAAAACAGAUUAAUAAUUUGAUCUAAAGGAGGUUUGUUGACCAUGAAUUCCAAGAAUAAGAAUUAAAAAAAAAAACUAUUACUAAACCAGCUCAGGUUUAGAGCUGGAAAAAGUGACAAAUAAAUCGGAAAAAGCGACAAAAACAUC